AUGUUUAAUCUCAUUUCUUUCUUUCUUUCUACACUCUUUUUUUCAUUUAAAUAUUUAUUUCCUUUCUUUCUUUCCUUCUUUCUUUCUUUCUUUCUUUUUUCUUUCUUUCUUUCUUUCUUUCUUUCUUUCUUUCUUAAUUUAAAUAUUUAUUUCCUUUCUUUCUUUCCUUCUUUCUUUAUUUUUUCUUUCUUUUUUCUUUCUUUCUUUCUUUCUUUCUUUCUUAAUUUAAAUAUUUAUUUCCUUUCUUUCUUUCCUUCUUUCUUUAUUUUUUCUUUCUUUUUUCUUUCUUUUUUCUUUCUUUCUUUCUUUCUUAGUUCCUAUUUAAAUAUUUAUUUCCUUUCUUUCUUUCCUUCUUUCUUUAUUUUUUCUUUCUUUUUUCUUUCUUUCUUUCUUUCUUUCUUUCUUAAUUUAAAUAUUUAUCUCCUUUCUUUCUUUCCUUCUUUCUUCAUUUCUUUCUUUCUUUUUUCUUUCUUUCUUUCUUUCUUUCUUUCUUUCUUUCUUUCUUUCUUUCUUAAUUUAAAUAUUUAUCUCCUUACUUUCUUUCCUUCUUUCUUCAUAUCUUUCUUUCUUUUUUCUUUCUUUCUUUCUUUCUUUUUUCUUAGUUCCUAUUUAAAUAUUUAUCUCCUUUCUUUCUUUCAUUCUUUCUUCAUUUCUUUCUUUCUUUUUUCUUUCUUUCUUCAUUUCUUUCUUUCUUUCUUUCUUUCUUUCUUUCUUUCUUUCUUUCUUAGUUCCUGUCUUAUUUUCUUUCUAAACUCUUUUAGAUUUAAAUAUUUAUCUCCUUUCUUUCUUUCCUUCUUUCUUCAUUUCUUUCUUUCUUUUUUCUUUCUUUCUUUCUUUCUUUCUUUCUUUCUUUCUUUCUUUCUUUUUCUUAGUUCCUGUCUUACUUUCUUUUCUAAACUUUUUAGAUUUAAAUAUUUAUCUCCUUUCUUUCUUUCCUUCUUUCUUCAUUUCUUUCUUUCUUUUUUCUUUCUUUCUUUCUUUCUUUCUUUCUUUCUUUCUUUCUUUCUUUCUUUCUUAGUUCCUUAUUUUUGUGUUCUUCGUACUCUUUCUUUUUCUUCCUCUUUUUCUUCUCUUUCGUUUUCUCAUCCUUUUCAUUCUCUUUCUUUUUCUUCCUCCUUUCAUUUCCUUUAUUUUUCUUCUUUUCAUUCUCUUUCUUUUUCUUCCUCUUUUAAUUUUCUUUCUUUUUCUCCCUCUUUUAAUUUUCUUUCUUUUUCUCCCUCUUUUCAUUCUCUUUCUUUUUCUUCCUCCUUUCAUUUCCUUUAUUUUUCUUCUUUUCAUUCUCUUUCUUUUUCUUCCUCUUUUAAUUUUCUUUCUUUUUCUUCCUCUUUUUAUUCUCUUUUCGUUUUCAUCCUUUUCAUUCUCUUUUCUUUUCUUCCUCCUUUCAUUUCCUUUAUUUUUCUUCUUUUCAUUCUCUUUCUUUUUCUUCCUCUUUUAAUUUUCUUUCCUUUUCUUCCUCUUUUUAUUCUCUUUCGUUUUCUCAUCCUUUUCAUUCUCUUUCUUUUUCUUCCUCUUUUUAUUUCCUUUAUUUUUCUUCUUUUCAUUCUCUUUCUUUUUCUUCCUCUUUUCAUUUUCUUUUUUUUUCUUCUUCUUUUCAUUCUCUUUCUUUUUCUCCCUCUUUUUAUUCUCUUUCUUUUUCUCUCUCUUUUCAUUUCCCUUUUCUCAUUUUUCUUCUUCUUCAGUUUACAUCUAUCUAUCUAUCUAUCUAUCUAUCUAUCUAUCUAUCUAUCUAUCUAUCUAAUUUUCUUCAUUAUCUAUCUAUCUAUCUGUCUCAGUCUCUAUAUUAUCUAUCUAUUCUCUCUAUUAUCUAUCUAUCUAUCUAUCUAUCUAUCUAUCUAUCUCAGUCUCUCCAUUAUCUAUUCAUCUAUCUAUCUAUCUAUUCAUCUAUCUAUCUAUCUAUCUAUUCUUCAAUUUUCUUUAUUAUCUAUUCUAUCUAUCUAUCUAUCUAUCUCAGUCUCUAUCUAUCUAUCUAUCUAUCAUCUAUCUAUUCAUCUAAUUUUCUUCAUUAUCUAUCAUUCAUCUUCAUUUAUUUAUCUAUCUAUCUAUCUAUAUGAUUUUCUUCCAUUAUUCAUCUAUCUAUCUAUCUAUCUAUCUAUCUAUCUAUCUAUCUAUCUAUCUAUAAAUCUGACGUUUCUCUUCAAUAUCUAUCUAUCUAUCUAUCUAUCUAUUCCUGUCUUUUCAUUAUCUAUCUAUCCAUCUAUCUAUCUAUCUAUAUUAAUCUCUUCAUUAUCUGUUUAUUUAUUCUCUUCAAUGUCUAUCUAUCUAUCUAUCUAUCUAUCUAUCUAUCUUAUUCAUUUAAUCUUCAUUAUCUGUUUAUUUUGUAUCUAUGACUGUCUCUUCAUAUCUAUCUAUCAUGUUCAUAUCUAUCUAUCUCAUUGUCAAACACUACCGUUUAUCUCUACCACGUACCCUAUCUAUCUAUCUAUCUAUCUAUCUAUCUAUCUAUUUCUCAGUCUGUUCAUAUAUAUCUAUCUAUCUAGCUAUCUAUGUGUCUCACACUCUCUCUCCCUCUCUCUAUCUAUUUCUCAGUCUGUUAAUAUCUAUCUAGCUAUCUAUCUAUCUAUCUUUCAGUCUGUUCAUAUCUAUCUUUCUAUCUAUUUCUCAGUCUUCUGUUCAUUAUCUAUCUAUCUAUCUAUCUAUCUAUCUAUCUGUCUAUCUAUUUCUCAGUCUGUUCAUUUUCUAUCUAUCUAUCUAUCUAUCUAUCUCUUUUUUCGUUUUGUUCUUGAAUGCCUACCAAUCUGUUGGUUAUCUAUCUAUUUAUCUCUAAAUCUGUUCAUAUCUAUCUAUCUAUCUAUCUAUCUAUCUAUCUAUCUAUCUAUCUAUCUAUCUUGUUAUGACUCGCCGGAUGGAUUACUACUCUCUCUCUCUCUCUCUCUCUCUCUCUCUCUCUCUCUCUCUCACACACACACUGUCUCUCUCACUCACUCACUUUCUCACUCUCUCACUCUCUCCUCUCUCCACUCUCUCACUCACUCACUCACUCACACUCACUCACUCCCUCUCACUCUCUCUCACUCACUUACUCACUCACUCACUCUCUCUCUCUAA